GCCGCGCACCACCCCCCGGGCCUUCAGGUUGUCGGAGGCGGGGACGCGCAUCGGCCGGCGGGAGCGCGCAGAGCUGAGAGGCCUGUGAGCCGGGCUGAGGGAGACAUGCGGCGGACUCGUAGCGCCGUGGCCACCCACCCGCGGGAGCAGCGGCGCUUGGGGGCCUCUGGGGACUUCAGCGGCGGAGAGAGCCUCGAGCGGCGCUCCCAGAGCAGGACUAGGGCGGGGGCCGGGGGCGGGGGCGGGACGGCCGGUCCGCAGCCAUCGGCAAAGCCACGGCCUAAGCCACCGCCGCGGGCCCAAGAGGCGGCCGCCGAGGAGCGGCCGCCGGCGGACACCCCCGCCGCCUCGGCGUCGGCGCUCGACCUGGGGGAGCAGCGGGAGCGCUGGGAGACGUUCCAGAAGCGGCAACGGCUCAGCUUCGAGGGCGCCGCCAAGCUACUGCUGGACACCUUUGAGUACCAGGGCCUGGUGAAGCACACGGGAGGCUGCCACUGUGGAGCAGUUCGGUUUGAAGUUUGGGCUUCAGCAGACUUACACAUCUUUGACUGCAACUGUAGCAUUUGCAAGAAGAAGCAGAAUAGACACUUCAUUGUUCCAGCUUCUCGCUUCAAACUCCUGAAGGGUGCUGAGAGCAUAACCACGUACACGUUUAACACGCACAAAGCCCAGCACACCUUCUGUAAGAGAUGUGGUGUCCAGAGCUUCUAUACUCCGCGCUCCAACCCUGGGGGCUUUGGAAUUGCCCCCCACUGCCUGGACGAAGGUACUGUGCGGAGUGUGGUCACUGAGGAAUUCAAUGGCAGUGACUGGGAGCGAGCCAUAAAGGAGCACAAGACCAUCAAGAAUAUGUCUAAGGAGUGAGCAGGGCCGGAGCCCUGUAGGUUGCAUGGGUGUGUGUUGCUGUGCAGGCCUGGGCUGCCAUCUCCACUCCCUGUGUCCCUGCAGUUCGCUCCAGCCACCAUUUCUUUAGGCAGCUCUGCCCUUUACCCAGGUUUUAUGUAAAACACUUAAACCUCUCCCUUCCUACCAACUUUUGUGUGAUCUUUUAGAAAAUAAAUAUUUCUGACAUUAAUGCUA